GAGUCCACAUUUUGUCUGGUGGUCAGGGGCAACCGUCUGGGCCAGCCUUCUCUGAUGGAUGUUCUCAUGGCCGGCUGCAUCCCUGUGGUGGCUGCUGAUGGCUACUUGUUACCCUUCCAUGAGGCUCUGGACUGGACAAGAGCUGCAGUACAUAUCAAGGAGGAACACCUCUCUGAUGUGGUGGAGAUCCUGAAGAACUACAGCACUGAAAGAAUCUUCAACAUGAGGAGACAAGUUCAGUUCUACUGGCAAAAAUAUUUCAAGUCGUUGUCUGACAUCACUCUCACCACGCUGCAGAUCAUCAACGACAGAGUGUUUCCUUUUGAUGCCACCACAUACGAUGAAUGGAAUGAGCUGCCAAAUCUGAGAGCCAUCAAGAAUCCAUUGUUUCUACCUCUUCGAGCCCCGAAAUCUCUUGGCUUCACUGCGGUCAUAUUGACCUAUGACAGAAUUGAUUCUCUGUUUCAAGUUGUGCGCCAGGUUGGAAAAGUUCCUAGUCUAGCCAAGAUCAUUGUUGUCUGGAAUAAUCAAGAGGUGAUUCCUCCACCAGUGAAUCAGUGGCCCAAUAUUGGGAAGCCAAUCAAAAUCAUACAGACUAAAUAUAACAGGUUGAGUAACAGAUUUUUCCCCUACGAUGAGAUAGAAACUGAAUGUAUUCUGGCUCUAGAUGAUGAUAUAGUGAUGCUGACUCCGGACGAAGUUGAAUUUGGUUAUGAGGUGUGGAGAGAGCACCCGGACAGACUUGUGGGCUACCCAUCCCGCCUCCAUCUGUGGCAGAACAGCUCCCAGAGUUACAGUUAUGAAUCCGAGUGGAUGAAUGCUAUAUCCAUGGUCUUGACUGGGGCUGCCUUUCACCACAAGCACUGGACUGUGUGGAUGCAAAUACUGAACUGUGUGGAUGCAAAUACUGAACUGUGUGUGGAUGCAAAUAAUGAACUGUGUGUUGUCCCUCGCAAGAAGUUCAAGUGCCCAGAGUGUGUCAAGGAGAUGCUUUCUGCCGAUACCUCUCACAUGGUGGAGAGGUCUGAGUGUAUCAACCAUUUUGUGCAGCUCUAUGGUUCCAUGCCUCUGAAAGCCAUCGAGUUUCGGGCGGACCCAGUUCUCUACAAAGACAAGUUACCUGGCGUACUAAAAAAGUUCAAUGAUCUUGGAACUUUGUGA